AUGACCCAGUUUCUCCGCACCCUGGCCAACCCUUCAGUGUUCUGGUUCCUUCUGCUGCUCUACACUCAUCAUUGCCACCCCCCACCACCCCAAAAAAGUGAACUGAACCAGAGAAGGAGCACAAGACAAAAGUCCUGCUUGUGCCAUCCUUCAGUUCCCUGGGAACAAACCAAACAAGUGAAUAUACAUAUUACAUUGGAAUGUGAGUUACAGUGGAGUGGGCAUUCCGUUCUCAGUUAUGCCAUUUUAUCGCUCUGCCAGCGAGACUCUGUCAAGCCCCGUGAGUUACUGAGUGAAUCCUGCCUGGUGCAGGAAAAUCAGAAUCCACCACUCAGAAAGUAA